AUGGCUACCCCCACAUUGUCUGCCAUGAUCGACCCGACAAAGCAGGCCGAAUACCCAAUUGUCCUGGGGGAAAGGCUUGCUCGAAACCCAAACACAAGCCGACUGAUCAACGUCAACUACAACCACAAAUCCAAAUCUGCCACCUCACAACAACGGUCGAUCAUCACCCACUCGCGCUCGGCCGAUCUCUACGACCUUGCCGUUACUGAUAAGGCUCCGAAUGCCGAUCAAACAUUGACUUAUUCAUACAAGGGCAGCGAGGACCCGUCGGGAGAGCGAAGCCUGGUUCUGAUCUUCGACCCGGAGCGGAAGGUCUUUGUUCUGGAGCCGGUCUCAACAACCUUGAACUUUAAUCUACGGUCGGCUCCAGGCAAGACGGAAAAACAGGUCCGCGAGCAAUAUGAACAACUACAAAUAAAGGAAGAGGAUGAACCAGCAACAUCGGGAGAAGACCGGCAUGGAGCAAGCACCAGCGAGGACGAGGGGCCGGCCGACGACAGCAAUCCUUACGACUUCCGACAUUUCCUCCCGAAGAAUCGCCGAGAGAAUGACAAGCCAACCUCAGGCCACAGCACCCCAGAACUUGCCGCCAGCAGAGUCAGCACACCCUUAAUUCCGGCUGCCAGACCCGCGCCUAGACCGGCACCUCGAUCCCAACCACAAGCCGCCCCGCAAGCAAACCCACUGCGACAGAACAAACCACCAGCAAAACCACCGGUCAAAGCACACCCGCCUGCGAAGCCAAGCGAGCCUGUCAGCUAUCCCGACCCGCCUGAGCUUGAGGAGUCUCGCUCGUCACCGUCCGAUGCAGGCACAGGAUCACAACAAACUGGGCAGUCUCCCAGCUCGAACAUCAUUGUUGACGGGGAUCUCAUUAUCGAUAUGGGAUCUCCACCUCCGUCGCGCCCAUUCGUCGUGAAUCGGUCUUACUUCUCGUCCAAUAAUACCCCAGCAGACGACGAGGAUGCGGAUGAAGACGUCGGGGAGUUUAGUUUACCCUCCCCAGUCGGUAAUACAGUUCCACCUACCUCCUCAGCACAUGCAGACAUGGCUACUCAGGAUGAUGAAAUGGAAGAUGAUGAUGCUUUGGCAGCGGAGAUGGAAGCCGCCUUCGAACAAAGUGCUCGUGAAGAGGAAGCUCGGAACCAUCAUUACACUCAAUCCACGACUAGGCAAUAUAUUCCCAGUGAUGAUGAGAGCGAGGUCAGUGAGGAGGAGUAA